AUGGAUGUCUGUCUGGUUGUCGGCAGUGAAAGAGGUUCUCCACCCCCUACCCCUAGUUCCCACCCCUACCCUAGUCUCCACCCCUACCCCAGUGUACACCCCUACUCCAGUCUCCACCCCUACCCAAGUCACCAACCCUACCCCAGUCUGCACCCCUACACCAGUCUCCACCCUACCCCAGUCUCCACCCCUACCCCAGGUCUCCCCUACCCCUCAGUCUCCACCCCCACCCUACCCCAGUCUCCACCCCUACCCCAGUCUCCACCCUACCCCAGUCUCCACCCCUACACCAGUUCCUACCCCUACCCCAGUCUCCACCCCUACCCCAGUGUACACCCCUACUCCAGUCUACACUCCCUACCCAAGUCACCAACCCUACCCCCAGUCUGCACCCCUACACCAGUCUCCACCCCUACCCCAGUCUCCACCCCUACCCAAGUCUCCACCCCUACCCCAGUCUCCACCCCUACACCAGUUCCCACCUCCCUACCCCAGUCUCCACCCCUACACCAGUCUCUCACCCCUACCCCCAGUCUCCACCCCUACCCCAGUGUACACCCCUACUCCGGUCUCACACCUGCUAGCCAAGUCACCACCCCCUACCCCAGUCUGCUGCACCCCUACCCCAGUCUCCACCCUACCCCAGUCUCCACCCCCUACACCAGUUCCCACCCCUACCCCAGUCUCCACCCCUACCCCAGUGUACACCCUACACCAGUCCCCACCCUACCCCUAGUCUCCACCCCUGCCCCUGUAGUCUCCACCCCUACCCCAGUCUCCACCCCCUACCCCAGUGUACACCCCUACUCCAGUCUCCACCCCUACCCAAGUCACCAACCCUACCCCAGUCUGCACCCCCCUACACCAGUCUCCACCCCCUACCCCAGUCUCCACCCCCCUACCCCCAGUCUCCACCCCUACCCCAGUCUCCACCCCUACCCCAGUCUCCCCCCUACCCCAGUCUCCACCCCUACCCCAGUCUCCACCUCUACCCCAGUCUCCACCCCUACCCCCAGUCGCCACCCCUACACCAGUCUCCACCCCACCCCACCCCAAUCUCCACCCUAUACCUAUCUUGAUCCUGUCCUCAAUCUACGUCCCUUAUGCAAGUUGCAAACCCUAUUUAAAUCUCUUCUCCAACCCAAAUCUUUACCACAAUCCCAUAUAAAUCUUUACCACAAAUGA